AUGUCGCUGCCAAUGAAUUCGCUGUAUUCGCUCACCUGGGGCGAUUACGGCACUAGCCUCGUAUCAGCCAUCCAAUUGUUGCGCUGCCAUGGCGACCUCGUCGAUUGCACGUUAGCAGCCGGCGGGCGGAGUUUUCCCGCCCACAAGAUAGUCCUAUGCGCCGCCUCCCCUUUUCUGCUGGACUUGCUCAAGAAUACACCAUGCAAGCAUCCAGUGGUAAUGUUGGCCGGCGUAAAUGCGAACGAUCUGGAGGCUCUGCUGGAGUUUGUGUACCGUGGCGAGGUCAGCGUUGACCAUGCCCAGUUGCCAUCACUGCUGCAGGCCGCCCAGUGUCUUAACAUCCAGGGACUGGCCCCGCAGACGGUGACCAAAGAUGACUACACUACGCACUCUAUACAACUCCAGCAUAUGAUUCCCCAGCAUCACGACCAGGACCAACUGAUAGCCACAAUCGCCACGGCCCCACAGCAAACCGUUCAUGCCCAAGUGGUGGAGGAUAUCCAUCAUCAGGGCCAGAUACUCCAGGCAACGACACAGACUAACGCAGCGGCACAACAGCAGACCAUUGUAACCACGGAUGCGGCUAAACAUGACCAGGCAGUUAUUCAGGCAUUCCUUCCGGCACGUAAGCGCAAGCCGCGCGUCAAGAAAAUGUCACCCACGGCACCGAAAAUAAGCAAAGUUGAAGGAAUGGACACGAUUAUGGGCACACCGACCUCUUCACACGGCUCAGGAUCCGUGCAACAGGUGCUCGGCGAAAAUGGAGCCGAGGGCCAGCUGCUUACACCGAUCAUCAAGAGUGAAGGACAAAAGGUAGAGACAAUUGUGACUAUGGACCCCAGCAACAUGAUACCGGUAACGUCGGCCAAUGCGGCAACUGGCGAGAUAACAACGGCACAAGGAGCCACUGGCUCAUCCGGCGGCAAUUCAAGCGGCGUCUCAUCCACGCCAAAGGCUAAACGUGCUAAACAUCCACCCGGAGCAGAAAAACCACGUUCGCGGUCACAAUCGGAACAACCUGCUACUUGCCCAAUUUGCUAUGCUGUCAUUCGUCAAUCUAGGAACCUGCGGCGCCAUCUUGAGCUGCGGCACUUUGCCAAGCCGGGUGUGAAGAAGGAGAAGAAAAGUAAGUCCGGUAACGAUUCAACCCUUGACUCCAGCUUGGAGCUAAACACCACGGCAGAGGGCGACAACACAGUGGGCAGUGAUGGACCAGUCGGAGCGGGAUCAGCUGGAGGACAAUCAUCUGCAACCAGUGGAAAAAAGUCUAGUAGCGGAUCCAGCGGUUCGGGCUCAGGUGGAAGUGGAGCCUUGAGCUCCAGCGGCAGUGUGCCACAGGUGCAGACGGUGCAGUCAUUGCAUACGUUGCAAGGUGUGCAGGUCAAGAAAGAUCCCGAUGCUCAGCAACAGCAGCAGCAACAGCAACAACAACAGCAGCAGCAAGCAAUGGCAGUGAGUGGUUCAGCGGGCGGACAAGUGCAACAGGUGCAGCAAGUGCAACAACAACAAGUCCAGCAGCAGCAACAACAGUUGCAACAUCACCAAAUCAUAGACUCAUCGGGCAAUAUAACAACUGCAACGACGAGCGCUCAAGCGGCAGCUGCCGCUCAACAACAGGCGGCCAGUCAGCAGCAACAACUAGUGGCACAAACUGCUGAUGGCAGCGAGAGUGGGGCACCGCUAUCGAUUGCCCAGGUUCAGACGCUGCAGGGUCAUCAGAUCAUAGGCAAUAUAAAUCAGGUGAAUAUGACUGACUUCCAGCAACAACAACAGCAGCAGCAGCAACAACAACAACAGCAGCAGCAACAACAACAGCAGCAGCAGCAACAACAGCAACAGCAAACACAACAGACGCUUUGAACGGGACCGAACACACAAUUCUAUAUAGUUCUAUAUAAUAAUUAAUUUUUUGGGUUUUUUGCUAAACGCUUUAAAUAUUCUCCUCGCACUGUGCGUAGACAAAUUCUAAAUUAAUUUUAAAGCCCCAGAAGGCACCCUUAGUUGUUUACCAUUUUGUUGUACAAUUUUUAAUGACCUUAAAUGUUGAUUUAGUUACGCUUAAACGCGCUAUGGUUAUUGGAAAUUAUGUGCAUAUUAUAUAUAUAUAUAUUAUAAACCUUUUUAUUUUGUAUAGUUUUACAUUAUACCAAUGUCCCAAUGCUAGAGGAUCUCUAGUCAGUUUGAAGUCAUCCAGAUUAGUGAAAAUCUUUCAAAGAAGGUUCCCUUGUUCAUGACCUGGCUUGGUCUUAAACGAUAGCACCUUGCAAAUUCAAAAAAUUCAAAUUAAAUAUAAAUAUAUUUUUAGAUAGCUUACAAAUUUUUUAACUAUUUAAGCAGCUCAUAAAUAGUUGAUCUGAUCAAAUGAGAGCUCGCUCAAGAGGGUUUCUUAUAGCCCCAUUAUGUGUCUGCCCACCAAACAACAACUCAAUCAAUAAAUUAAUCAAUCAAUCAAUCAAUCUUUCCGAUUUGGCUACUUUUGUUUUUAUCUAAGAAGUACUAUGCACAUUAAGUUUUAAUCAAAUCAAUUUUUAUAUGUAUAUUUCUUAAUUUUAAUAGUUGCAAAUUUUUCUUAAUAUAUAGUUACCCUUUGUACUAUUUGAGUUAGAUGAAAUAUGUUCCUGUGAAUUAUGAUUUAAUUAUAUAAAUUUGAAGGCAAGGGAAUAUUGCAUCUAUCUGAAGUGGUCAAGUUAUUGUUAGUCGUCUCUUUACAUACUUAAAUAAAAUCUAAUUUUAUUUAAAACCAAAAAAAAACAGUAAAAUAAAACAAAAAACCUUUUUAAACACAA